GGGUUCGUGUGGUGCCCAUCUGUGCCGUUGUGCUUUACUUCAUGUACCCAUUGGGGUGCCCAACCGCGUGUGAGCUGUCCUUCUUCAGUGACAGGGUUCUCCUUUGCUAUAAAAAUGGGGCCAGUACAGAUUUGCUCUAACUGCUUUGAAAGCCUCCCAUUAAAGAUCCGUCAUACCUUCCCCCCCUUCAUCUUUAAAGUGCGAAUCCUGCCCGCUCACUCGGGCCGCGUGACACUCUGCAGGUCUCCAUUGCGCCACGGACAAAUGCAGCACUGGGCUUUGCUCAGAUGCUUCCGAGAGACCAGCACCUCUUCACCAAGGAGCAGCUGUUUGAGCGCAUGUGCAUGGCCUUGGGCGGCCGCGUGUCCGAAAAUAUCUCCUUCAACAAAGUCACUUCUGGGGCUCAGGACGACCUGAGGAAGGUCACACGCAUUGCCUAUUCCAUGGUGAAGCAGUUUGGGAUGGCGCCAAGCAUCGGGCCCGUCUCCUUUCCCGAGGCGCAGGAGGGCCUCACGGGCAUUGGACGGCGCCCCUUCAGCCAGGGCCUGCAGCAGAUGAUGGACCACGAAGCGAAGCUGCUGGUGGCAAAGGCCUACAGGCACACGGAGAAGGUGCUGCAGGAAAACCUGGACAAGCUGCAGGCGCUGGCGAAUGCCCUGUUGGAGAAGGAAGUGAUAAACUACGAGGAUAUCGAGGCCCUCAUCGGUCCACCACCUCACGGGCCCAAGAAGAUGAUCGCUCCUCAGAGGUGGAGUGACGCAGAGAGGGAGAAGCAAGACGUGGGGGAGGAGGAGGCACCUCAGCAGCCCCCACUUCAAGGGGAGGAGCCGUCUUGGCCCAAGUAGUUAGACCUCCUUGAUUGUGCCUCGGGAUGUGCCGUUCCUGCCGGACGCAGGAGGGGAACACAUUACUCAGACCCACUGAGAUUUGUACCUCCUCGUAGCCCUCACUGGUCUCUGAAAGGCUUCUGAGAUCUAUUUACUGACUUCCCUCCCUGUGAGUAGUAAAUGUCCCUGCAGACGAUUUA